CUUUCAGUGUAUUCGUGAGAGAUUCACUGAUACCAGGCGUUUUUUGUCCUGUUAUUAUUAUCACCCUUCCUUCGACCGAGAUGGAUAAAAUUGCCCGCUUGGAUAAUUCAGCGAAUUAAGUGGAGAGCUUCUUAAUUAAAGACGUUAGUGACUGCUUGUACCUGACCUUUCUCGGAGUGUCGUAUUAAAAAAAAUCUGAGCCACGCUUAUGUCCUAGUGUGGUACAUAGGCUUUCUUGGAAAUUAACAUAAAGCGCCUGGGGCAUUUGAUGGAUGAACAGGUUUGCGCGUUAUCAUGUAUAAGUAAGUCUAGUUAGAUCUCAAGGUGAUGAUGUGCGUUAGUAAAUGCAGAAAUAUUAGGCGUAUUCGCAACAAGAUAACGCUGCUGGGAUUCGCCGCCGUAGCUUUUUGCUUGGCAGUUAUAGUUACCAGAAGCAGAAUUCAUACUCUUGAAUUGGAAAAGGAUUCUGUCUACGAUAUUAUCAAAAGUGAAGAAUUGAGGCAUAAAACACUCGCAAGAAUUCGACCUGAAAUCAAGUAUGAUUUUUUAAAUCACUUUGACCACGGAAUUCAUCCAUCAAGAGUUGUCAUCAUUCUCGCUACCAAGAGGUCUGGCUCCACGCUACUAGGAGAAUUUUUCAAUCAAAAUAGAGGAUGCUUUUAUUUGUUUGAGCCAUUAUUCCCGUUCACGCGCUACUGUAAUGUUCUUCGCUAUGAACGUGUGUUGUUUUUGGAACGACUUUCAAAAUGCAAUUUUACAGGAUUAUCUUCUCAUUAUGCUAACGCUUUUCGCGUCACUCAACACACUGACGAACAUUCAAAGUGUUUGAAACAAAACAUAUGCUUUAGUCAAAGGAACAUGAAGGUCCUGUAUCGUUAUUCUGCUGCUUGUGGGUCUAAAAAUAUAGACGUGCAAUUCGAUAAAAUUGCUCGCUUUGUUCCGGAGUCACCAUGCGGAUAUCCUCUAAAUGUUAGCAUUUUAUCGUCCUUGUGUUCCUCAGCUGAACUUGUCGCUUACAAAAUUAUAAGAGUAUGCGAUAUGAAAGCCUUGGAUACACUCGUUAGAAGAUCUGACGUAACAAUGAUUUAUCUCGUCCGUGAUCCUCGAGCGACUAUUGCAUCCCGGCUUCAAUUAGAGAAUGAUGAAUUGACAAAUGACACAUUUGAAUUUGGGGUUAAAAAACUGUGUACGGAAAUUUCAGAAAACCUCUAUUACUCUAGUAUUUUGGGAAAUAAUACAGGAUUUAUUCUAGUGAGAUAUGAAGACAUCGUGACGGAACCCCUCAAAAAUGCUUACAGAAUUUACAGGCUUAUUGGUCGAGAACUUCCGACAUCAGUCAAGUUAUGGAUUACAACUUCCUUCCUAGGAACCGCAAAGAAACAUAAGGCGUCCGAUGAUCCUUACAGCACUGUGAAGUUUGGACUGCAAUCUUUAAAUUCGUGGAGGCAAAUAUUAUCUUUACAACAGACAGUAUUAAUACAAAAGUAUUGCUCUAGUGCUAUGAAAGUCCUUGGCUAUACAUUCGUUAACUCAUAUCAGGAACAGCACAAUUGGAGUCGAACUUUAUGGAAAUCAUAAUGAUUGCUGCUUGUAGGAACUUUGAGAUCUUGAAAGAUGUUUUACAACAUCAAUUUUUUCUCUCAAUGUUUGUUGUAAAAGUUAAAAAGCAUCAAAUUGCUAAAUCAUAUGUGAUUUUGCGUGAUACAUUCUGCCAAGCCUUUUCAAACAGUAUUUUUAUUAUUUUUUUUCACUGUUACUAUUUUACAUUGUUAUUUUAAGUUUCAAAAUUGAAAUUGUAUAUUUUUAAUACUGAUAUAUUUCGAUUGUAUAUUUUUAAUGCUGAUAUAUUUCGUUAUGAUUAAAAUUCGACACGUACUUAUGUAGGCAAAUGCCGUUGUUAUAUAAACACAGUUUGCUCGUCAGCGCUAUUUUCUUCAAUCCAAUAUUUGUUGAUAUUUUUUUGAUUUCUCUGCGGAAUGGCGACAAAUACUAGGUAGAAUAAGACAUUUACUUGGUAAUUGCAGUAAUAUUUAUAUUGAUAUUGUAUAAAAAUUUGUGCUAAAUCAUGUCUUGUACUGGCUGUGACUGUGAUGCAUACAAUGUACAAUGUGAUUUCUCAAUGACAAUAAGUAGUGUCUUGUGGUGUUUUUCAUAACCUUUCUCGCUAGACAUCAGUUUUUAAUGAAUGCCCACUCAUUUUUUAUUAUUGCAGUUGGUUUCGGUUUUUAUAUGAAGAGAACAUCAUUGAAUCAUAUUCAAGUACAAGCACAAUAUAACAAAUCAAUUUCUA